GAGAUAUCAGAGAAUGUCUGGCACAUUGCCGGUGCGGUCCUGACGGCUAUCCUCAAGAUAUGCUCGUUGAUAGCAGUUGGUAUGCACCUGGAGCGCAAGAAGCUACUGAAUGGAGAGAAGCGAAAGUGCUUGUCAGCACUGGCCAUGGACGUUUGCCUACCUUGCCUUUUGUUCACCGACGUCUUGCCCGAGGCCAACUUCUCCUUGCUCUUGGAAGGCUGGCAGCUCCUUCUGUGGCCUUUUGCCUACGCCUCG